CGGAAGUGACGUCACACGGAGCGUUGACUGGCUGGUUGUAUUUUACCGUGUUGCCGUGUUGUAGCAGCUCUAGCCAUCAAAGAUGACUACAGCUGCAAGACCAACAUUUGAACCCGCAAGAGGAGGAAGGGGGAAAGGAGAGGGGGAUUUGAGUGCCCUCUCCAAGCAGUAUUCCAGUCGUGAUCUUCCAGGACACACCAAGAUCAAAUACAGGCAGCCCACCCAGGAUGCCCCUGAGGAGGUGCGUGCCCGUGACUUUCGCAGGGAGCUGGAGGAAAGGGAGCGUGUCGUUGCACGUGAGAAGCCCAGAGAGAGGGGACCAAGAGAACACACCACAUCAUCAUCCUCGUCUUCAUCUUCAAAAAGGCCCAGACUGGACCAGAUCCCUGCAGCGAACCUUGAUGCCGAUGAUCCUCUCACUGAUGAAGAAGAGGAGGAGAACUCUGAGGACGAAAGUGAUGAUGAUGACACCGCAGCCCUCCUGGCUGAACUGGAAAAGAUUAAGAAAGAGCGGGCUGAAGAGCAAGAACGCAAAGAGCGAGAGCAAAAGGCAGAGGAGGAGAGAAUUCGAGUGCAAAAUGUCUUGAGUGGCAACCCGUUGAUUAAUUUGGCAGGACAGCAGCAACAGACCCCAACUCCAAAUACGUUCAGAGUCAAGAGAAGGUGGGAUGAUGACGUCGUAUUCAAAAAUUGCGCCAAAGGAGUGGACGAGGCACGGAAAGAGAAGCGCUUCGUCAAUGACACGCUGCGCUCCGAGUUCCACAAGAAGUUUAUGGAAAAAUAUGUAAAGUAAAGGACUUGGUGUGCGUUUAAUUUGAAUCUCUUUUAUGAACGAUCAAUGUCAUAUACAUUUAAAUACAUUAGAAGCUGUACAGUUA